AUGUCACUUCUUCUUAGAAAUAGAGUCGCAACCAACCGUUCGUUGUACCGUGCACUCGGUCUCGGACUCUACAAGACCAAUGCAUUCACUAGCAGCGCCAAAGUCAAGACCACUGCUCCUGCUGCUCUGCCAUUGGCUGCGAACCAGCAGGCUACUUCACCCCUCAAUACCAACACCAACACCUUUAGACUCGGAGAUCGCUCUGCAACCUCGACCGAAUACUUGAAGGCCUUCAACACCACUGAGUUGUUCCUGUUGUUUCUCAUUGGCUGUUGCACCUUAAACAAACCCAUAUUAGACUUGUGCAUUAAGGUGUUCCCCUAUGUCCCCACGUUUCUCAUCAAGAAGUUGAUCUACAACAUCUACUGCGGUGGUGACACUGUGCCUCAAGUGAUCGAAACCGGUAAGAGGUUGGCCACCAGAGGCAUCAACAACAUGAUGAUUUCAUUGACCAUAGAAGCCUGUGAUGGUAACGAUAAUGUUGACCCCCAGUUCAUUGUGGAUGAGACUAUCAAGUCAGUGACCGAUUUGGCCGUGCCUCACACCAUGAACAUGAUUAAGACAUCAGGCAAAAAUAUCAACGAGAUUCCUCCUUGUUACGUGGCAUUGAAACCCACAGGGUUUGCUAAGAAUGCUGCUGCUGUAUUGGAGAACUACUCUUCCCCAGACCAUGCUGCUGAGUUUGAUGAAUUGGUGACCAAGGCUUCCAGUAUAGUUGAGUCCAUUUACAACUCUAACGUGGAAUUGGCCACCAAAUUCCCCGAUAGAGCUGCCCCCUUCGUAGUGGCUGUCAUUGAUGCCGAGAAGCACGACUUGCAAGAAGGAGUCUAUGAGUUGCAAAGAAGAUUGUACGCCAAAUAUAACAAGCCUAACAUGCCAGUGUCUGUUGUGGGUACCCUUCAAAUGUAUUUGAGUGAAUCAGCUUCUCUUUUAACCUUGGAGGAGAAGUUGGCCAAAGAAGGCAACUAUAGAUUGGGCUUGAAGUUGGUUAGAGGUGCUUACAUCCAUUCCGAAAGAAAAAGAUCAUCCAUAAUCCACAAGACAAAGGAAGAAACCGAUAGUAAUUAUAACCAAGGGAUUUCUUAUUGCAUUAAUUCAGUCUUGAGCAACAAAAGUAACGAAAACAUUUUAGGUCAUUUGGUUGUGGCAUCCCAUAAUGCUCACUCAUUGGAAACAGCUACACAAUUGGUGUACAAUGAUUCAGCGGUCUCCAAUAAGAAUAAGAACAACGUGGUGUUGGGUCAAUUGAUGGGAAUGGCCGACAAUAUCACUUAUAACUUGAUCAAGGAAUAUGGAAUUGGCAAUGUCAUUAAAUAUGUUCCUUGGGGUCCUCCAUUGGAAACCAAACAAUAUUUAUUAAGAAGAUUGGAGGAAAAUGGUGAUGCUGUCAGAUCAGACAAUGGCUUUCCAUUGAUUAAGAACGUCCUAAGCGAAUUUUCGAGACGGUUAUUCGUUUAA